GGAAUUUUGUAGCUGGUAUAAAGACAAUUAACCAUAAAGUUAAUGUACAAGAAAACAUUUAAUUUCAAAAUUUUUGUUUGUUUACAUACUAUACACAAUAUAUCAUAUAUUGACUCGAAUAUCAUUCCGAUCUCUUUCUGUAGUCCAUAGCCCAAAUUUCGUUUUGUUCUCAUCUAAUCGAAGUAUUUGUCCGAACAAAAUGAGUUAAUACGAAUUUACUAUGUCUGAGACUCCAAUAGAAAAUGAUGAAUUAGCAGAAUUAUCCAAUUCGAAUGUAAAUCAAACGAUGAAGAUGCUUUUGGGUAAAAACCUAUGGAGAAAGGCGAAUAAAUGGUCGAAUUCGUUAUAUUACCAUCUACAGCCAAUAUUUAGUGCAUCUGUUGAAGCUCCCACACCCUCCAAUAUCAUCUCUAACAUUGGUCAAAGACUAUUCAAGAUACUUGAAGAAAGAAACAAUUCAAAUGUUAAUAAAGUAAAAUUAAAAUACUUUAACGAAUUUCAAGAAAUUCUCCAAGAAUGUUGUGAUAUUGACUCUCUUUUACAAGUGAUAAAUAACAAGGGUUAUAAUCUAUUACAAACUGCAACGGAAUAUGGUGAUAUAGCUAUAGUUGAUAGCUUAAUUUCUGAAGGAGCGAGUCCCGACUCUGGGAAAUGUUCUUCUCCAUUACAUAUUGCUUGUUCUAAAGGCGAUCUUCAAUUAGUCCUGCACUUGUUAACCUUGGGAGCAAAUCUAAGUAAAAAGAGUGGUAUGUGCUGGCCAAAGUCUCAUCUUCCAGUUAGACACGUUCCGUCUAGAUUCCAUUUCUUGGAAACUGAUAUCUAUAUGUGUGAUACAAAUGCUCAAUUACCGUUAAUGUGUGCAAUUGAGAGGGAUCAUGUGAUUAUUGUUAAAGAAAUUUGGCAAGUUUAUAGACCAAUUAACAGCUAUCCUCUGCAUUGCGCUGCAAAAAAUGGGAGUCUUCAAUGCGUAGAAUAUUUAAUAUUCAAAGAGGAAAUUGACAAGAUUGACGAUGAAGCUAUGACUCCACUGAUGCAUGGAGUGUCAUCUAGUAUAGACGUUACGAAAGCCUUACUAGACGCUGGUGCUGAUGUUCAUUGCCAAAAUGAAAAUGGAGGGAUCCUACAUCAUUUAUUUAAAAAUUUGCAAAAUCCUCUUGAAUUAUACGAUGUGACAAAACUAUUACUUGGUCAUGGGCUCGAUACGAGUAUUAAUAUACUAGACAAAGACAAGAAUACAGCUUUGCAUGGCCUAGUUGUAUUAUGUAAUAGGAAGUUGGAGACGUUAUCAGGCGUGAAAAGCGAUCAAUCAAAAUUUGAUGUGAUUGUCGUGAGGACAAUCGAACUAUUACUGUUACAUAAUGUAGAUGUUAAUAGUGUCAAUUCCAGUGGCGUUACUGCACUCCAUAAACUGCUCUUGACAUUCGAUUUCGUGCUAAGUAAUGACCCAAGAGCUAUUACGGUUGAUACUCUUCCUCAGAGAGAAUGUUACGAAAUUAACAUGGACGUUUUAAACGCUUGUGUUUCCAUGCUCGGCCAACAUAGAGCUGAUGUUUGCUCAUUAACUGCAGCAGGUCGAGCACCUAUCGUUAUUGUACUUCAAUCGGUAUUGGGAGCGCAAUUAGGGCACUUGAAAAGAUUUUCAAAUGGUCUAGUUGAUAUUUUGAGAAUAUUAUGCACGCACGGAGCCAAACCAAGCCUUCAUAGGAACACACACAACCUAGUUGUUGCAACUAUAACGAAGUUGAGUGAAAAAUGCAUACAAAACCUUGAAAUAUCAGAAUUUACUUUAUCAAUAUAUGAAACACUUUUUGAUUUCGACCUUGAUCCAAAUAGAACUGGACAACCGCCAGCUAAUCUACUAGCUCAAACAAUAAGGACAUUUGGCUUAGCUAAAACCGAAAAUGGAGUAAAUUUUGUCUGCAAAAUUGUACAAUGUUUAUUACAACAUAGUGUAAAUCCAGAUAUUGAACCAUACGCAUUAGACCCGGAGUUCUGCUCAUCUCAAAGUUGUGUAUUUUUAAGAAAAUCAUCUAAUGGGAUUUUACAACUUGCUAUUGAUGAAUUGCAAUCAUUACCACCAUCUAAAGCAAGCGAAUACGCAUCGUUGGAAUUAUUACAUUUACUCUGCAAUAGCGUCAGCCAUUCUGUUUUGUAUUCGUUAAGUAAAAGAUCUCUGGCAACAAUUAAUCCUAAAUUAAAGAAAAUAUUAUUGGACUAUACAGAACAACCAAGAAGCUUGAAACAGUGUACAAGGGUUAUCAUUUAUAAGCAAUUAAGAAGAAAACUACUGAUCGGAGUUGAUCUUUUACCUUUACCAGACAUGUUGAAACGUUAUUUGUUGUAUGUUCAAUAAGUUGGUAUUAUUCUUUUAAAGAACAAAUAAUAUAAUCCAAUGGUUGGAGGUUAUAUAUAUAGAUUUAUAUAUAAUAUAUUAUUUUGUUUUUCAAUUUGUGCUUAUACUGCUUUCUUCUUAUUCCUUCUUUUAACUUUUAUGGAGGGUGUGUUUAUAAUAAUAACAUAUUGAUGUAAUUGAAGUGUUCUGUGAACGAACUUGUUCAAAUUGUUCUUUUUUUACUCUGAAAGAAGGAAAUAAUAGAAGGUGUCUUUUUUUUCAAUUUCCUUUAAUACAGUUUUUUUUAUUCAAAA